CCAGCAGUUCAGAUGGCCACGCGGCCGGGUUUAAGAUGAGCUUUUCGUUGCUGCCGUGCGGUACUCGGUACUCGUCCUCGUCCUCGUCGUCUUCAUCGUCUUUGCCUGCAUCUUCGUCCUGCCCGUCUUCGUCCUGUUUUUCGGACGUCGUGUGUGCGGCGGUGGCAGCUGGUACUACCUCUACUACUGCUCCCGAUUUAGCUACCAUUGCCCCGAAAAAAACAACUGCAUAUGAAGCCCUGGUGCUGGCUUAGCCGCAAGAAACGAAAGUGAUUUAUAUGGCCAAAUGAAAUAUGCUCGCCUAACUGAACCGACCGGCCCGGAAUCGAGUCAAUUAAAAUUCAAUUAUGCGACCAAAGAUGAAGGAGAGGCCGCGCAAGCGUUUGAAAAUUCGACCGCUGAACUCCUGACUGAAUCGCAAGUUUAAACUGCCAUUAAAGUGUGUUCCCCAACAUAAUCCCAGCAAUCGAUCAUAUCGCCCAGUGCAACAUAUCGUGUAAUAAACUUAUCAACUGGAUAUUAAAUAUACCAAGCCAGAUAUCGAAGCUGCAAUUACUUUUAUCCUUGUUAUAUAUUUGUUGCAAUUGUUAUAUCCUCGUUGUUUUCGCGUCGCGGCUGCCGGUUGCAAAAGUUCAAGAAGUGCUGCAAAAGCUGCAAACUAAAUCCAAACACUGUCCAAAGCCCCCACCAAAAAACUCCACUCCACUCGACGAGCUUGUUCGAAUGGAAAUCAAUCAAUUGCACAAUGGCAGAGUGCAUGUGGUGUGAAAAAGUGAAUUAAUUGCACAGCACGACGUCAAAGCUAAGAAACAUACCGAACAGCAAUUUAACGAUAUAUAAAAAAAAAAAAAUAAAAUUAAAACCCAUAUAACACGGCUGUCAUUUGUAAUUACAAAUGGGCCUGAAAAAGUAGCAUACAUAAUUCACAAUUACAAUAAAUUUUAAGGCAAAACUCAUACCUACGUAUUACGUACAUAUAAAUAAAGCAAAGCAUUUGCAAUUAAAUUAUCUGUGAUUUUUGUCAACAUAUUAAAUAUUUCGUCGCGCUUUCGUGGUCAAACCGAAAAAUCCCCUCGCAUCCGUAGCCGAUAAUUUAAAGUGAAUAGUGAAAUUGGUCGCAGUGCGUUCGGCUUAAAGGCAAUUCUAUUCGUCGCCGGUUGUUCCGUUAUUCCGUUGUUCAUUUCGUUUGCGUUGCUGAUUUCGUAGUGCUUUAAGUGUUGUAUAUCGAAUCGGUGUCGAAUCGGGACGUGUAAAUAUCGUACAAAAUGGCAAUGGUUAUAUCGACGCGUGCCAAGCUCGUGAUUACCGCGCUGAUUCUCUUCUUCCUGCUCGGCAUCGUCCUCGUAACGGGCUCCACAAAGGGAUGGUUCAAUCCCAACCGCUACAACGGCGAACGGGUGGCAGCUAGGAUUCAGGAUGAGGAUUCUGUUCUUUUCGAAGGAUCUGGAACGAGUGAGAACUUCGAAGACUCAACGGAAGUGGAUCUUUCAAAUGAUAUUAUUUGGGACGAGGCGACAGACAUCUUCGACGCCAGUGGAAUGCCCCCAGGACAGACGCAGUACACGCACGAGAGACCGUACCGCGGCAUCAAGGGCGAGAAGGGUGAGCGGGGGCCCAAGGGCGACAGCAUUCGCGGUCCGCCGGGACCGCCAGGUCCGCCCGGGCCCAAAGGUGAGACGGCCGCCUAUCCGCCCUUUGUGGAGACUACGAGUGCGGGGGCUAAAUACACUGGCGAGUGUACAUGUAAUGCGUCUGAUAUCCUAGAGGCCAUCAAGGACAAUGAGUCGUUGCGGGAAACGUUGCGAGGAGCGCCCGGUGCGGCGGGCAAGGAUGGAAAGCCAGGUACCCCUGGUCACACCGGAGCCACCGGAGUGCCAGGAGCCAGAGGCGCCCGGGGGUCCGAAGGUGCCCAGGGGCUGAAGGGCGAGCCGGGCGUCGACGGUUUGCCCGGAGUCGUGGGUCCGCCGGGACCACCGGGUCCGCCUGGUUUGCCCGAGAAUUACGAUGAAUCCCUAAUGGUCAACUCGAUGGGCACAUUCCGGGGCACGACGCAGCCGGGAGCCAAAGGUGUGUCCGGCGAGAAAGGUGAUGCCGGCCAGAAAGGAGAGCGCGGCGAUCCGGGUCACAAAGGUGCACACGGGCCCAGCGGCGCAAAGGGUGAGCCCGGCGAGCCGGGAACGCCCGGACUGCCGGGAUUGCCGGGACAGGCCGGACAGCCCGGCGGACUCGAGGGCCUCGCCAGCGCCAACGGGACCAAGGGCGAAAAGGGCGAGAAGGGCAUGCGGGGGCGGCGCGGCGGAACGGGAGCAACUGGACCAAUCGGACCGCCCGGAAAACCCGGAGCCAUGGGCGAUAUUGGACACUCGGGCCGCCCUGGGAUGACAGGACCAAAGGGUGAGAUGGGUCCCAAGGGACCAAAAGGCGAUUCCGGCGGACGCGAAGGGCUCAAGGGUGACAAGGGCGACCGAGGUCAGGAUGGUCGAGAUGGCCUGCCAGGACCUCCUGGAAUGCCCUCCACCGGCGGCGGGGAUGGUGACAGCAGCGGAGUGCAGUAUAUCCCAAUGCCAGGACCUCCAGGACCUCCGGGACCACCAGGACUACCGGGUCUAUCGAUUUCGGGACCUAAGGGCGAACCCGGAAUGGAAUUGCGAAGCACCUUCUUCGGUGAUGCCUCCUAUUACGGGCGACCAGGAGCGCGCUCAUCCUUAGACGAACUCAAAGCACUGCGAGAACUGCAAGAUCUGCGCGAUCGGCCCGAUGGCACAGCCGAGACCCCACGCCAGCCGGGACAUGGCCACAAACAUGACGAGACCCUGGGGCUCGCCGAGGGCGAGGAGCCCUACUUUUCGGCAUCCUCGUCGAACAUGAACAAUAUGAAGAUUGUGCCCGGCGCAGUCACCUUCCAGAACAUCGAUGAAAUGACAAAAAAAUCGGCCCUCAAUCCGCCGGGCACGUUGGCCUACAUCACCGAGGAGGAGGCGCUUUUGGUUCGCGUCAACAAGGGCUGGCAGUAUAUUGCGCUGGGCACACUGGUCCCCAUAGCCACGCCCGCUCCGCCCACAACGGUGGCUCCAUCGAUGCGAUUCGACCUGCAGUCGAAGAACCUUCUCAACAGUCCGCCGCCCCUGCUCAAUACGCCAACGUUUACAACCGCGCCCGAAUACGAAACGUGGUAUCCGCGAAUGCUACGCGUGGCCGCGCUGAACGAGCCCUCCACCGGCGACUUGCAGGGCAUCCGGGGGGCGGACUUCGCCUGCUAUCGGCAAGGACGACGGGCAGGCCUCCUGGGCACCUUCAAGGCGUUCCUCUCCUCCAGGGUGCAGAAUCUGGACACGAUUGUCCGACCGGCUGACCGGGAUCUGCCCGUGGUGAAUACCCGUGGCGAUGUGCUCUUCAACUCCUGGAAGGGCAUUUUCAACGGCCAGGGCGGCUUCUUCUCGCAGGCGCCCAGAAUCUACAGCUUCAGCGGCAAGAAUGUGAUGACGGAUCCUUCAUGGCCCAUGAAGAUGGUCUGGCAUGGCUCGCUGCCGAAUGGAGAGCGCUCCAUGGACACAUACUGCGAUGCCUGGCACUCGGGUGACCAUCUGAAGUCCGGCUAUGCCAGCAAUCUGGAUGGCCACAAGCUGCUCGAACAGAAGCGCCAGUCCUGCGACAGCAAGCUGAUCAUCCUGUGCGUGGAGGCCCUUUCGCAGGAUCGCAAGCGCAAGAAGCGGGACCUCGACGGCAGCAGCUACCGCAAAAGUCGCAGUCACAGUCACGGCGAGAGCGAAAGCCUGGAGUUCCACACGGAAGACGAGUAUGCAGCGCAUUUAGAAAAUUUACUGCUGUAAGCGGAACCGGAAGGAAUACGAAGAAGAAGCGAGUCACACCAAACCAUUCUCAUACAUAAAACAAAACAAAUGAAAUCACAGCACCCAAACACACGUACAUACAUUGAAUGUAAACGUAAAUCAUGGCCAUGCAUAUAAUCAGCGAAUUCCAAACAAAAACCAAAAAGAGAAUACUCAGACGACAGCUGGAUGUUGCAUAUAAAUACAUACUUAUAUUACCCGUACGCAUACACACUACUCGUAGGUAAUGUCUAAUAUAUUUCUACACGUAUAUCAUAAACAAAACACAAAUAGUAGAUAUAUAUCGUGGAUAUAUAUGAGUUGUACUUUAUGUUCAGGACAAGCAAAAGCAAACGGCAGACAGCAAUUUUUGUACAAGCAGGAAAACGUAUUCGUAGUUUGUAAUCUGUAAUUUGUAACUUACCGAUAGCCGUAACCGAACUAAUGUAAUUUUUGUAAUUACGUAAGCUCACCC